UGUUAACGGGGAAUAACAAUUUAGGAAUGGGUGGGUGGCGUUUGUGAGGCGAGUUCGGUUUUUCACCGGGGUUAGUGCGCGGUCGAAGGCUUCAGAAUGAAACCCCUGUCAGGCCCUUUCAAUAGAAAUAGUGACGCGUUCUGUUUGCUAAGGGCGGAGACUCGUUGUGACUGACAGGUUCCCAUUCUUGAAUCCAUCGGGGGAGAAAAGAGAAUAAAUAACACGGAAGGUUGGGGACUUUCUGCAAAAGGCCCGUUUGUACGCCGUCUUUUUAUCGGCGGAGAACCAUGUCAAACUGGGUAUCUUACUACAAAAAUGAGGGAGAGGAGGAAGAAGAGGAAGAACAAGAAGGAGCUGAAAACGAUGGAGUAUAUAAAUAUGGAGGUCGAGACACUUUGCUUUUUUUAGUGGAUGGCUCAAGAAGAAUGUUUGAGUCUUUCGAUGGUAGCAGUUUGACACCUUUUGAUAUGACAAUUCAGUGCAUUCAGAAUGUAUACAGAAACAAAAUCAUCAGCCAUGAGAGGGACCUUGUUGGUGUUGUGUUUUAUGGAACAGAGCAGCAUAAUAAUACAAUGAAUCGUGAACACAUAUAUGUUCUCCAGAAUUUGAGCAAUCCAGGGGCAAAACGGGUAUUAGAGCUGGCUAGCUAUCAAGGAGAACAGGGAAAAGCUCUCUUCCAAAAGUCCUUUGGCCAUAGUGAUGAUUACUCAUUAGGUGAGGCGCUCUGGGUUUGUAGUAAUCUCUUCAGUGUUGUCCAAUUCAAGAUGAGCCACAAGAGAAUUAUGCUGUUCACCAAUGAAGAUGAUCCUCAUGGUCAAGAUAGUACUAAAACCAAAUUUGCUAGGACUAAAGCUGCUGACCUACGAGAAACAGGAAUUUACCUUGACUUAAUGAACCUAAAGAAGCCUGGAGGAUUUGAUAUUUCCUUAUUCUACAGAGACAUCAUUAAUACAGCAGAUGAUGAGGAUCUAGGAAUCCAGUUUGAAGAGUCUUGCAAAUUGGAGGAUCUUAUGAAGAAAGUACGAGCAAAAGAAAUAAGGAAGCGAGCUUUAAGUCGGCUGAAUUUUUAUUUGGGAAAAGAUGUAACUCUUACUGUAGGCGUUUUCAACUUAGUCCAGAAGGCCGUCAAGCAGCCUCCAGUGAAACUUUACAGAGAAACUAAUGAGCCACUGAAAACAAAAACACGAACCUUUAGUCGAGAGACAGGUAGUUUGCUCCUUCCAAGUGACACCAAGAGAGCUCAGAUUUAUGGGAAUCGUAAGAUUGUGCUAGAGAAAGAAGAGACAGAAGAAAUAAAAAGAUUUGAUACACCGGGCUUGUAUCUGAUUGGGUUUAAACCCUUGGUAAUGCUAAAGCCAUAUCACUAUAUCAGGCCUGCACAGUUCAUCUAUCCUGAUGAGUUCUUAAUGAAUGGAAGUACUACUCUGUUUAAUGCCUUGUUAACAAAGUGUUUGGAGAAAGGAGUAAUGGCCAUAUGUAGAUACACACCACGUCAAAACAAUCCUCCCAGGUUUAUAGCCCUGGUCCCACAAGAAGAAGAACUAGAUGAGCAGAAUGUACAGAUAGUCCCUGCAGGUUUUCACCUCAUUUUUCUACCUUACGCUGAUGACAAACGAAAUAUUGACUUUACUGAGAAGAUACCAGCUAAUCAACAACAAGUGAACAAAAUGAAGGAAAUAAUACAGAAGCUUCGAUUCAAGUACAGAAGUGAGAGCUUUGAAAAUCCAGUACUACAACAGCAUUAUAUGAAUUUGGAAGCACUGGCACUGGAUUUGAUGGAACCUGAAAAAGCUGAGGAUCUGACAGUGCCCAAGGUUGAGCUAAUGGAUGUCCGACUGGGUAACCUUGCAGAAGAGUUUAAACAACUUGUUUAUCCACCAGGCUAUGAUCCUGAUGGGAAAACUAUAAAACGAAAACAAGCAGGUAGUGGUACUGAACAACCAGAAAAGAAAGCAAGAAUGGAACUCUCUGAAAAGGAAGUGAGGAAUCAUGUUGAUAAAGGCACUUUGGGUAAACUUACUGUGCCAAUUCUAAAGGAUAUAUGCAGGAUUUAUAAGCUAACAGGUGGUGGAAAGAAGCAAGAACUUUUAGAUGCGAUAACUGCGCAUUUCAAUAAGCAUUGAGUUUACACCCCCAUUACAAUUUCAAACAUUGUAAUGUUGAAAAUCUCCUAAAUGUUGAGAUUUUGACAAGAGAAAUUUUUUCAGACAUUCGAUAAAAGGGAGUGGGAAGGUUUUUAUUUUUGUGAAAUUAAUAGAAAAAGGUCCAUUCCAUUUCCACUUCUAGUUCUAGAUUUGACUGUAUAACUUUCACCUGUCCUUAAUAAAUGAGCUUGGUUUGGCUGCAUCAGCUUUUUCAUUUCACAUAUAAAAUAUUGCACAAACUACUGUAGUAUUAUUUAGAAAAAUAGUUUAUUUUUGGAAGAAUAAUACUGUAUAAAUUUGGUUUGUACACAUGCCUCAAACAUAGCAAAUGUGCCCUGGCAAUCUUUUUUUCCCCAACCGUGUUACUUCCCAGUCCAUGAUAGAAACAAGUUAGUCAUUCAGAUUUUAUAGAGCUUUUUCCUCUCCAGGAGGCACCCUGUAUUAAAAAAAAAAACAUUUACAGCUGAAUGCAAUUUUCCUAUUUAGUCAUGGACAAUGACCCAAAGGGAGUCCACAAUGACCCACAGGUCAGCAUUCUUUACUAGGCUGGUGUUCUCUCUUGAGAAUUAGAACAUUCUUAGCUGCCAUUUUUCUUCCAUUUGAUGGAACAGCUAAUUGGCAGCUAGAUGAGUUGUACUGUAAAGUGGGAAAGUAGGAUUUUGGGGGAAAAGAGAAACCUUACCGUACUUUAGGACAAAGCUGAUCCAGUUGACAGUAGAUUGUUCACUGAACUGGUUGAAAAAGUGCUAUCCAUGUGCAGAACAGUUGGAAUCCUGCAGAAAAGUAUGGCUUUAAAGGGCCUUUUUAAAAAAAUAAACUAUGUUCUAUGGCUGUUCUAUUUCAAGUGACUGAAGUUUUACUAAGUUUACUUCCAAUGUAGCUGGGACAAUCUUGUGAAGAAAAAGGUUUUCUGUAUCUGUUACCAUUUAGCCUCAGUAGGAUUUUUGCAGCCUAAUAGCCUAGGUAUGGUGGCACAGGCUGGGAUUUGAUAAUCUGGUAGUCAGCUGAGUUUGCUUUACUGUGGUUUGGCAGCAAUACUGAACAUAUGGCUGAACCUAGCUAGAUAUUAAAAUAUGGAAAGCUCUGACUCAAAUCAGUCUUCAAUAAUGAAAACUCACUAGCUAACUUUUGACUUUGGAUCAGUCAGACAUUUUCAGUCCAUUACCUCAAUUAUUACUAUGGGGUAAAUUAUUAUGAGAAAAAGGAUUCUUAUACAUGUCACCUUUACUUCCUGGAACAAAUUUGUGACACACACCUUACAAAUUAAUUAUAAAAAUAAAAUGCAGGAAAUACAUUUUAUUAACAACACCCAGUCAACCUAUUGAAUACGACAGGCAUUCUUGCAUAGUUGAGCACAUUUAACGUGCAACCCACAUACUACUAAAACUUCUAUGUAUGUAAUCUUCAUUUGGGCAAAAUGCUGCAUCAAAAAGCAACAACUUUGGAAUCAGCAUACCUCAAAAUGGGUUAAUUUACAGAAUACACCCAAAUCUGGCAUCUAUGAUUCCUGUAAGAAUGAAAUUUGGUAAAGUUAUAGAUUCUUCAGUGCUGCUGCACUGCUACAGACAGGUCAGUUUUCAAAAGGUAAUAAGAAAGCUGGCAGGCAAGCUUACAAGUUUGGGGAGGGAAAGAGGUUUUUUCCCCUAAUGCUCCUGAUCAGCUUCCCACAAGGAAACUCAUUAGUGAAGCUGAAGUUUUCCUCACCUGAAGUCAUUCUGGUCUCAUUAAUUUUUUGCUGUCCUUUUUUAUUGUUUGUUUAUGUAGGGAAAUAUCUGAAAUGAUGACUUAUCUGGUGAUGAGUUGCCUUCUUCCUUUGUAUAAUACCAUUUAUGCAUCUGAAAACUUUAUAUCAUACAAAAUGUUUGCAAUGUUCUUUUUAACUGGAAAAUAUAAAUGUUGAAAGGUUUUGCUAAUAAAACAGUGCCAACUGUU